AUUUGAUAAGUUGAAGUUGCAUCGUUUCUCCAAGAAAUAAAUUUAGAACCCAGCCUCUUCCUCUUUCAAAUGGAGCUUUGUGGUGAUCUUCAACAUUCUGAGCUGAUAGCUUAUUUUGAUAUAGCAAAGAUCUCAUCACAGCCCUAUCCAGAGAUCCAACCAUCUUUUGUUGAAAAGAACAAAGAUGAAAUUUCCAAGUGUUGGACUGUGAUGAACAACCAAGGUGUACACCAUGAUAUAAUAUAUAACCAAAUAGAGAUUCAUCCACUCGUUAUUAGCGGAUGGCCUUGUAUGGAAUUGUAUUACAACCUACCUUCUGAUGUGGUCAUGACAGUUGGGUAUUAUGGCAACAACAAUUUUGGUAUUUUAUCAUUUAAGGAGGUGGUGACACCCGAAGAUUUACCACGUUUUCAUAGUAGAUGCCUGUUUAAGCGGGACAUUUUCUUUUUUGAUAUGGAUUUCUUCCCUUUCAGUGUAGAUCGUCCUAAAUUAAAAUUGCAUGAGGAUUUCGCUUUGUUUCUCGGAGACUAUGGAUAUGAAUUUAUUGUGCUGUGCGGUGACAAUGGAAAGAAUAAGACCAUGUCGCCAUUAAACCUUUCAGACCCCCGCCGCACAAAAUUAGGAUAUGGAUGGGACAACUUCUGCAAGUCAAACAACUUCAAAUGCGGAGACCGAAUUCGAUUUAGGUUAGAGGUUACUUCUGUUGCCAAAAUAUGUUAUGUGUAUUCACUUCCACAAGUGUAAGAAAUUAAGAACCAAAAAAAAAUUGUAUAUAUAUAUAUAUUAAGUAUUAUUGUUAUUGGA